AUGGACCCAUCCCUGCGAUCCAAGCUGGUCAAGGCGGUGGGUGCCGCCGACGGCGCAGCGACAGCAGAGGGCGCCGACGCGUGCAUUCAGAGCCUCAAAGCCGCCGCCGAGCUCGAGAAGAAGGCGGUCCGCCGGGCCCUGGGGCAGGACUACUGGAAGAGCAACUCGGACAUCUCGCCCAUCGCGGGCUCGCUGUCCGUGUUCGGCCUGACCAUCGACGACCUCACCUUCGCCAGCCUCCACGGGACGGCGACCAAGCUCAACGACGUCAACGAGGCCGCGACGCUGGACCACCAGAUGCGGCACAUGGGGCGGCGGCGGGGCAACCCGCCCUUCACCAUCGCGCAAAAGUCCGUUAUCGGCCACGGGCUGGGCGCGUCGGGCGCCUACGCCAUCAACGGCGGGCUACAGGCCAUGCACUCUGGCGUGAUCCAGGGGAACCGCAACGUGGACGACACCGACGUGAAGCUCGAGGCAUACGGGCACCUGCUGCUGACGGGAGAGAACAUCGCGCCGCGCGCCGAGGCCUUGAAGGCCUUGUCAGUGACGAGCUUCGGCUUCGGGCAGAAGGGCGCCCAGGCCAUCAUCGUGAACCCGCGGCUCGCCGCCGGGGAGCUGGACCGCGGGCUGCACGGGCAGGGCAUGUUCAGGGCCAAGGAGGAGUUGCCGUACGUGGGUGACGAGUACGAGUUCAUGCUCGACCCGUCAGCCCGGCGUGAAUAA